AUGGCGGCAAGCAAAGCAUCCCGUCUGGGGGAAGAGUACGUGCUGACUCGGAUGGACAAGGUUAAUGCUGAGCUCGUGGUCCUCACAUACGGCACAAUCGUCGCCCAACUCUGCAAGGACUUCGACAGUGACUACGUUGAGGUCAACAAGCAGCUAGAUAAGAUGGGCUACAACAUUGGGCUGCGUCUCAUAGAGGACUAUCUAGCCAAGUCGAACACAGUCAGGCGGUGUUCUAAUUUUCGGGAAACGGCAGAGAUGAUUGCCAAGGUCGGCUUCAAAAUCUUCCUCAACAUAACGCCGACAAUAACGAACUGGACGAGUGACGGGAAGCAAUUCUCGCUUGUAUUCGACGAGAACCCAUUUGCAGACUUUGUGGAGCUACCUGACGACGGCCGGGCGCAGGACGAGCUAUGGUAUUCCAACAUCUUAUGCGGAGUCUUGAGGGGCGCGUUGGAGAUGGUGCAGAUGCAAGUUGAUGCGCACUUCAUCAGCGAUGUGCUGAGAGGAAAUGACACGACAGAGAUGCGGAUCAGCCUAAUACGAUACAUCGACGACGAGCUUCCGCCAGAGGAUGAUUAG